AUGUGUGAAGAGGAUCUGCACAGCUACCUGCAAGAGCACGUGGUGGCGCAGAAGCGGCUACGAGAAGGCAUCGAGUUUGUCAGCGAGAUUCCCAAGUCGGCAUCCGGAAAGAUUCUGAGGCGACAGCUCCGCGCGAGAAACAAGAAGCUGUCGCCACGGGGGAAGCACGGUGGAAGCACGGGGGAAGCACGGUGGAAGCACGGGGGAAGCACGGUGGAAGCACGGGGGAAGCAUGGUGGAAGCACGGGGGAAGCACGGUGGAAGCACGAGGGGAGCACGGGGGAAGCACGGGGGAAGCACGGGGGAAGCACGGUGGAAGCACGAGGGGAGCACGGGGGAAGCACGGGGGAAGCACGGGGGAAGCACGGUGGAAGCACGGGGGAAGCACGGGGGAAGCACGGGGGAAGCACGGGGAAAGCACAGGGGAAGCACGGUGGAAGCACGGUGGAAGCACGGGGGAAGCACGGUGAACGCACGGGGGAAUCACGGGGGAAGCACGGGGGAAGCACGGUGGAAGCACGGGGGAAGCACGGGGGAAGAGCAAGGAAAAGCUGA